AAUAAAUAUAUUUGAAAGUGAUAUCAAUUUCUUUGUGAUAUGAUAUUACACCAAAAAUUUACAUCGACAACAAGACUAACUCCACUACUGCAAACCAGCACAUGUUCGUCGUCAGAUUCUCCCCCUACUCUUCUCCUACUCAACCAAAAAUGCUCUCUUUAGCUCUGUAAAUUGGGUUUCAUGAAAGUGUUUUGAGUUUUUUUGUGAGAUAAAACUGGAGCAAGCUCCAAAAUGUAUCUCAAAGAAGGACGUUCCUUAUUACUCAAACUCCACAAACCAUCAAUACCCUUUGUCCUAACCACCAACACAAACCCAAUUCCAAAUUCAGUUGAUAAACCCCAAUUUCAGUCCAUGGAAGAAGCUCUUCUCAGCGAGUUCGAUGUGUUGAGAAAGUUGAAACAGGAACGAGAUAUCUCCUCAGCAAUGGAGUACUUCAUGUCCGUAGCCAAUUCUCGAGCUUUCAAGCACACCCCUUUAACGUACUCUGCCAUGAUUGAAAAGCUCGGGUGGGAUACCCAAAUAGAUGGAGUUCAGUAUCUUUUGCAGCAGAUGAAGUUGGAAGGAAUUGGGUGCUCUGAAGAUUUGUUUGUUCAAGUAAUUAACUCUUACAAGCGAGCUGGUUCGGCAGAGCAGGCUUUGAAGAUGUUUUAUAGGAUAAGCGAGUUCGGGUGUAAACCAACGGUGAGGAUUUACAAUCAUAUUUUGGAUGCUUUGCUUGGUGAGAACAGAUUUCAUAUGAUUAAUCCUAUAUAUAUUAAUAUGAAGAAAGAUGGGUUUGAACCAAAUUUGUUUACUUAUAAUAUUCUUUUGAAGGCUUUGUGCAAAAAUGAUAGGGUGGAUAAUGCAUGUAAGUUGCUUGAAGAAAUGUCUAAGAAGGGUUGUUCCCCAGAUUCUGUUAGCUAUACAACUAUAGUUUCUUCAUUGUGUAAGCUUGGUAAAGUUGAGGAAGCGAAAGCUCUUGCUGUUGGAUUUGAACCCAUAUUGCCUGUGUAUAAUGCUUUGAUUAAUGGGGUGUGCAAGGAAUACAAAAUUGAUGAAGGGUUUGAAUUGUUAGCUGAAAUGGUGGAUAAAGGAAUCGACCCUAAUGUAAUCUCUUACUCUACUAUUAUUAGUUCUCUUUCUGAUGUUGGGCAUGUAAACUUGUCUUUUGCAGUUUUAGCUAAAAUGUUUGUGAAAGGAUGUAGUCCUAAUCUUCAUACUUUUACUUCAUUGAUAAAAGGGUUGUUUGUGGAAGGUAGAUUUCAUGAAGCUCUUGCCUUGUGGAACAAGAUGAUUAUUGAUGGAUUAGAGCCUAAUGUUGUUGCUUAUAAUACUCUUAUCCAUGGUCUCUGCUCUAGUGGGAAUGUGAAUAGAGCUGUAUCUGUUGCUCAUCAAAUGGAGAGAAGUGGUUGCUCACCAAAUGUUAACAUAUAUAGCACUCUUAUUGAUGGCUUUGCAAAAGUAGGUGAUCUUGUUGGUGCAUCCGAUACUUGGAACCGGAUGAUGAAUUCUGGCUGUCGUCCUAAUGUCGUAGCAUAUACUUGCAUGGUAGAUGUACUUUGUAGGAAUUCUAUGUUCAACCGGGCUUAUAUUCUAAUAGAGAAAAUGACUGCCCAAGGUUGUCCUCCAAAUACAAUCACUUUCAACACCCUUAUCAAGGGAUUAUGUGGGAGUGGAAGAGAAGAUUGGGCUCUAGAGGUGCUUGAUGAGAUGUGGAGCAGGUAUGGUUGUUUGCCUAACAUCACAACAUACAAUGAAUUAUUGGAUGGUCUCUUCAAGGUGGGAAGAUUUAAAGAAGCUUUUGAGCUCAUUAGGAAGAUGGAGGAAAAGCGAAUAGAACGGAAUUUAGUUACUUAUAAUACUAUUCUCAGUGGGUUUCUUCAUGCUGGUUUGCCUGAGAAGGCUUUGCAGUUACUUGGCAAAAUGGUUGUUGAAGGAAAAUUGCCUGAUCUCAUUACUUAUAACACAAUUGUUUAUGCCUACUGUAAGCAGGGAAAGGUAAGGUAUGCAAUCCAACUAUUGGAAAGGGUUGGUGGAUCAAAUGAGUGGCAUCCGGAUGUAAUGACAUACACCAGUCUCUUGUGGGGAAUCUGUAGUUCGAUAGGUUUAGACGAAGCAGUUGUAUGUCUUCAUAAGAUGGUAAGUGAAGAGAUCUUUCCUAACAUUGCUACAUGGAACGUCUUAGUCCGAUGCUUAUUUGAUUCUCUUGGUCAUUUGGGGCCAAUAUACAUUGUCGAUGAAAUUCUGGGUAACAAAUGAGUCUCUUGAAUUUGAUUCUCUUGAAGUAAAUCAACUCAUUUGUCGAAGUUCAUUUUGAAAGGCUAUGAAUUUUGCUGGGGCUGCCCUGGUUGUGUUCUCAGGUCAAAUGCACAUGUAAGGACAAUGAAAGAGGGAUUCUGCCUUCUGAGGACAAUGAUUACUUUAUCACUUGGUGUCAACCUAAGAAAUUUGAGUUAUCUUUUGCCAACUUUGGCACCUAAAUAGCUUAAAAUUCAUGAGUGUGGUACAAGUACAUACUCCAGUUACAAAUACAAGAUCAUACUGGCUUGACAUGGGCUACUGUGUUUUAGGAAGGUGGUGAUUAUGGAUAAUGGGGUGUCUCUGCUAAAGAUUUAUAUUACUUGGAAUUUCAAGAUGAGGGCAAAUAAUUCGAAAUGUUUUAUUUACCAAGUUUACACCUUUAAAUUGAAAAUUUAAGAGGAAACAUACAGUGAUGAACAACUUGUAAAAUCAACUGUGAUGAAAGCAGAAAAGGGUGUGUUUUUCUUCGGAGGCCAGAGUUGUUCUAGAUAUGUUAGAGAAGCUGAAAAGAGAAGAUUUUAGCUCUGAUCCAAAGGUAGAAACAAUCACUUCUGACUUUGGAUUAACCAAAGACCGAAGGUGUGUUUUAAAUGCCAUCCUUGAUUUUGUAAAUCCUUGAAUGUUUUUUUCUACAUCGUCAUUACAUAUUUACUUUCUCCUUUUGAAGUUUAUUAUUUAAAUAAGAUAAUAUGCUCUUUUGUUAGCAUUUGAACUUUGAUUCUCUAAUAUAUACGGAAGGUAGUUUAACCAUAUUAAA